CGGGAGGUUGGCGGGGCAGGGAGCGGCGGUCCCAGCCCGCCCUGGCCCGGUGUUGCCCCUCCCCCCCCUUUCCACCAUGUCGCCCUCGCGGCCCGGCCCCCUGAGGCCCCGCGCCCGGGGCUGAUCCGCCCCGCCCUCCCCGAGCCGGGUGCGGCGGAGCCCGCCAUGGCCGGGGCCAUCGCGUCCCGCAUGAGCUUCAGCUCGCUGAAGAGGAAACAGCCCAAGACCUUCACGGUGCGCAUCGUCACCAUGGACGCCGAGAUGGAGUUCAGCUGCGAGGUGAAGUGGAAAGGGAAGGAUUUGUUUGACUUAGUAUGCAGGACGCUAGGACUCCGGGAAACCUGGUUCUUUGGACUUCAGUACACAAUCAAGGAUACUGUGGCAUGGCUCAAAAUGGACAAGAAGGUCCUUGAUCAUGAUGUUCCGACAGAAGAGCCAGUCACUUUUCACUUCCUAGCCAAAUUUUACCCUGAGAAUGCUGAGGAGGAGCUGGUUCAGGAGAUCACACAACACUUGUUCUUUCUGCAGGUAAAGAAGCAGAUUUUAGAUGAGAAGAUCUACUGUCCACCUGAGGCAUCUGUUCUUCUGGCCUCCUAUGCUGUCCAAGCCAAGUAUGGAGAUUAUGAUCCCAGUGUUCAUAAGCGGGGCUUCUUGGCACAAGAGGAGCUGCUUCCAAAACGGGUAAUAAACCUUUACCAGAUGACUCCAGAGAUGUGGGAGGAAAGAAUAACAGCAUGGUAUGCAGAGCAUCGAGGCAGAGCAAGAGAUGAAGCUGAAAUGGAAUAUUUGAAGAUAGCUCAGGACUUGGAGAUGUAUGGAGUGAACUACUUUGCAAUAAAGAAUAAGAAGGGCACUGAACUGUUACUUGGUGUUGAUGCCCUGGGGCUUCACAUUUAUGACCCAGAAAACAGACUGACCCCCAAAAUCUCUUUUCCAUGGAAUGAGAUCCGGAACAUCUCUUACAGUGAUAAAGAGUUUACGAUUAAGCCAUUGGACAAAAAGAUUGAUGUCUUUAAGUUCAAUUCAUCAAAACUGCGUGUGAACAAGCUGAUUCUUCAGCUGUGUAUUGGAAAUCAUGACUUAUUCAUGAGAAGAAGAAAGGCAGACUCAUUGGAAGUCCAGCAGAUGAAAGCACAGGCCAGGGAAGAGAAAGCCAGGAAGCAGAUGGAACGACAGCGUCUGGCCCGGGAGAAGCAGAUGAGGGAAGAGGCAGAGCGAACAAGGGAUGAGUUAGAGAGGAGGCUUUUGCAGCUAAAAGAAGAGGCCACAAUGGCCAAUGAGGCUCUGAUGAGAUCUGAAGAGACAGCGGAUUUGCUGGCUGAAAAAGCCCAGAUCACAGAAGAGGAGGCCAAGCUCCUGGCUCAGAAAGCAGCUGAGGCAGAACAGGAGAUGCAGCGAAUCAAAGCCACAGCCAUCCGGACAGAAGAGGAGAAACGCUUGAUGGAACAGAAGGUGCUGGAAGCAGAGAUGUUGGCCCUGAAAAUGGCAGAAGAAUCAGAGAGAAGGGCAAAGGAGGCUGAUCAGCUAAAACAGGACCUUCAGGAAGCCCGUGAGUCAGAGCGGAGAGCAAAGCAAAAACUCUUGGAGAUCACCAGCAAGUCAUCCUACACACAGCCGAUGAACUCGAGCACGACAACACUUCCUGCUGAUCUGCCAAGUUUCAUCAGUGAGAGUCUGUCCUUUGACUUCAAGGAUACUGAUAUGAAGAGACUUUCCAUGGAAAUAGAAAAAGAGAAGGUGGAGUACAUGGAGAAGAGCAAGCAUCUGCAGGAGCAGCUGAAUGAGCUGAAGACAGAGAUUGAGGCAUUGAAGCUAAAAGAGAGAGAGACAGCUUUGGAUAUAUUGCACAGUGAGAAUGCCGACCGAGGCAACAGCAAGCACAACACCAUUAAAAAGCCUCAAGCCCAGGGCAGAAGACCUAUCUGCAUUUGAGACUGCAAACUCACCUUGCAGAGCACCAAGUCCCGUGUGGCCUUCUUUGAGGAGCUGUAGGAGGUGAACCAACCACUCUGCACUGCUGCUUCCACCAAGCCAGCCGGAACCGCUCUGACCAAGGAUACGUAUGCACAUGCCACUGGCUAGGGAGCCAGGUUUGAGCUCUUCCACUCGCCAGCUGGGUGCAGUCUGGGACGUGGUGCCAUUCAUGUGCAAUGGACUUGGUCCAUCAGCUGUCCAAGGAUUUCAGCAUUUAUGUUCUCUAGCUUAGUAUAUAUUAAUGCCCUGUAGUUUUUAACUAUCUGCCCUCUUCUUUUAUAAUGUAGAGCCGUGCUAUCCCCUGCAGUCUUUUUAACGGCAUUUUACUUGGUCAUGACUCUUGCAUGACUGUUUUGGGAGAUGACAGGGUAGGAAUGAACAUGUACAUGGGAAGAGACUCCUUUCCCACCAGCCCUGGUUCGGGGGUCACCAUAAAUGCCGUGUUCUCCUGCAAGCAAAGAUGUGGCAUGGCUGGCAGUUCCUGGGGGCACAUCUGCUCCUGGCCAGAUGACCACAAAUGUCAGCCUGAUUUCAGAGGGGCCGAGUGCCUCUGGGACCCCUUGCGAACACAGCCUGCUAUGAUGCAGUUCUGUAGGGCAGCCUUACCUUAGAGUGUGCUCAGGCUGGGUUACACCAUCUCUAAAAGAACCUUGCAGGAAUAGAUCAAAGAUAAACAGUGAUAGCAAUUGGAGGCUUAUGGAGACUUCUGUUUAAGGCAAGAGUGAAGCAAUUGAAGCUGUUUACCUUAGGCAGGAGAGAGUGAAAGUACACAGCAGUGAAUAUGGGAGGGAGGACGGGAUCACUUCUUCUCUUAAAGCAUAAGAAUGAGUCAGUGGUUAGUUGAAUUGGAUGAUGGCAUACUCAAAGCUGGCCAAAGAAACUACCUUCUCAACUUGUGCAAUGGGUCUGUGAAACUCUGCUAAAAAUGUCAUUGAGGGCCAUGAGAAUACCAGGCUUUAGCUGGAUACAAAACCAGCCAAUUCUGACACAAAAUGUUACAAGGUUGAGCUCCAAGCCUCUGUUAAGGGAGGAGCCCCUCGAUCGCUAGAAACCAGAGGUUGUUUUUUGGGCGGGCAAGUCAUCCCUUAGCUGCAUACUACACAGUUGUUUUGCGUUCUUUGGAAGCAUAUGGUUCAUGCCAUUGUUGAGGACAGAAUACUGGACUAGGGAUAUGUCUGUAUCGUCCCUGUGGCGGUCCCCAACCCACUGCCAACUGACUUGCUCUCUGCACUUGCUGCAUGGUGAUGUCCUGUUGCAAGGUUGCUUUUUGGCACAGACCGAGGGAUGCUCUUAGUCUUGGGCAAGCCCCUGGGAGCAGCUCUGGGUGUGUCUAGCACUGCUCCGACAGUAAAGACAUGCAGCAUGUGUGGGGCAGGAGCUUAUGGGAGUAGCUUGCUUUUCCACCGCCCACUCGGGAUCAUCAUGGAGACCCUACGCACAUCCCAAGGUGUACUGCUGAGCUGACCUGUUUAUACAUGCUCCUGUUCAUGAGAAUUGCAGCUGCUCAGCCUCUUUGCAAACCUCUGCCCUUGUUCUUUUGUCACCUCAGAUAGCACAGAGAGCUGGACCUCUGCUGCUGUAGCCUCUCCUGGCUGUUGAAUCCUGCUGAGCCCAUGCAAUAGGAGCAAGGUGGCUUUGUCUGGUGCAGAGUCUGUGAUUUCCUCUCUCUUAAGGAGCAUGCUAUGAGUACUUGUGGCUCCUGUGGCCACCCUGGCACAGAGCCACACAAGAGAUUUGUCCUGAUGUGGCCAUGGUGGGAUUGGCUGUUAAGUGAAAGGGGUGAAAUAGCUUUCUAGGUAGCCAAAUGAAUGAGGUCAGUGGGGGCCUCACCUGAAAAGAGCAGACCCAGGCUACCUCCUACCCUUGGGAGAAGAAUAAUGCCUGUCACAUGCUUGGCCAACCCCCUGCCUCCUGUGCCAAGACUAACUCCAAUCAGCCUUUUUGCUUUGUUUUCUCUGUGUUGGGGGAUGUGCAUGGAUAGGUGCUAGGAAUCAUGUUUACAAUUGAUCUCCCAGGCUGGAUUGCCCUUCACGAACUUCAGAGCCUUGCCCUUGAAUGAUGGCUUCUCAUCCCCCACCCAUGCUGAACUCCCUGCCCAUAAGAGGCUGCUCUCCCAUAACAUCCCACUGGUCCCAUUAUUAUUACAUUCUACUUUGGUAUAAAGCUUUCCAGCCAGACAGAACAGAGCAGCUUCUUAUGUGUUAACCCAUGUGUUGGCCUUGAAUCCAGGGGCAAAGUAGUCCCACAUCUAUAGCAGACCUGGGGAUACUUUGAGUUUUGACAAAUAGGAUCCUUCCCAGCUACCCAGUGUCAGUGCUGCCCAUGUUUACCUGGUGAGAGCAGUCAUAGAGCUAUAUGUAUAUCCUGCUUAUCAUUGCAGUUGCCUUUUAAAAGAUUUCAGUGGUCUAUUGGUACCCACAAAGAAACCUGUGAGCUUGUGUAGGUGGCAGCCUGCUUUUGUGUAGUAUAGGUAUUGGUCACAAGAUGCCUCCAUGGUGUUGAGCCUACUUAUACCUCACUCUGGAAACAAGAUACUAUUUUGGAGCGUGUUGCUUUUUGUAGUGUUCGCAGGGGAAGGAGGCAGAGCAGGUGCCCAGCUAUCCAGCUGCAGAGUCCAACUCUGGGUCCUGGGCUACUGCCAGGUCCCCACUGGGACCCUUGCAUCCACCCACAGACCCCAGAAACAGUGCCAUCACAUUUACUGAAAGGCUGGGCUUGUGUCCUGGUGCAGCCUAGAAGCACUGAAGAGCAAUUCACCAUGAGCAGCCUGAUGGCUAGAGCUGUGAAUCCCAGCCCCUCUGCAGCCAAUGGAAGUUUGACACUUCUUUUGAGGGAGCCAGUAUUUCUCUCAGAGUUUUCAGUUAAUACACUGGGGCAAGUUCAACCCACAUGCUGCCUGCCAGCAUUUAACAUCCCUUAACACUGCUCCCCACAGCAUUUGCACAGACUUUUAACCCUGGGCACUUGGACAAUCCUGUGAAGUCCAGCGUGAUCCUCAACUGGAUACGAAUUGCAGUCUGUUUUGCUUACAUGUGAGGUUUGACUGGGCAUCUCUGGGGAGACUGGCUAAUGACUUUUGGAAUUGAAGCAAAUUUCCUAUGGAGAUGGGUGAGGAGGUGUUUUUUCCCUUGCCCAUUUCCCCUUUCAAAAUCCAAGCACUUUCCUUCAGUAACACUAACAGUGAUGGCCUACCUGUCCACACUCUGCAAGCAGCAAAAACACUAAUGAUCCCACUUUAACCAGCACAACUAUCCUGCUUCCCCAUACCUCCAUUUUUUUUUCUUUCCACAACUGUCUGUUUUAACCACAAAGGAUUAAAGGAUCACAUUCAUCCCAGCGGUGACUUCAGGCAAGGUCUGGUUGUGAUGGCUUUGGCCCUGAGGUUCAGCUGAUGGCUCAGUCCGCCAUAUCUCUUCUGGCUUUUAGCAGAUCAUGUCCUGACAUCUUUUUUUUUAAUUGAGAAGGUCCCUGAUUUUUAUUGAAUCCCCUCCUAUUUGAGAAUGUAUGUGUCUGAAAUUCAGAUAUACAGUAGCCCUUUUCCUUGGACAGGGGCCAGUACAUAAGGCCCUUUUUCUAUUCCCAUGGAUUGUUUCAAAGAAUUGAUUGUUUUCUCAUUUGUUUUAAUAAAAACUCAAAGCAC